AUGAGAUGGACGCCCGAGGCGGCGCUCCUCCGCAAGCUGUCCAUCGACGUGGACAUGGGCUCCGCGGACCGUGACAUGCUCACCGCUUUCCUGUCGCAGGGCCAGGUCGAGGGCUACUCCCCCAAGAGCGGCCAGAUCCGCCGGGCCUGCGCCAGCGGCCGCCUGGCGGCGGUGGAGGAGCAGGCCAUCAAGGACUUCGAGGCCCUGAGCCUUGCCAAGGCGGACCAGCAGUUGGCAGCUGCGCUUCCCGGCGGGUUCUGCGGGGCCAGCGGCUUGGGCGGGGUGCCACAGGAAGGGCUACAGGUCCACGGAGCCCGUCAUGUCCUGGAGUUCCUUACGCUGUGCGAGGAGAAGGAGAUCAACACCCUCACGGCAUCCAUCGAGUCGAAGCUGGAGAAGUCCGGGCAGCUCGGUGUCGAGAUCGUGGCGCUGAAGGCGUUGGAGCUUUUCAAGAAGACGCUCCCGAGCCCGGCGCUUCUCCAGACGCAGGUCAGCGCCAAGAAGGCCCGCGCGGCCGCGCUGCAGCUGCUGGACGCGGCACCUGGCAGGAGCCUUCGCCUGGUGGCCCUGGCCCUGCGCGGUGGCGCCUCAAGCUUCGAGAAGGUUAUCAAAAUGAUCGACGAUAUGGUGGCACUGCUCAUCAAGGAGCAGUCCGCCGACGACGAGAAGAAGGCGUACUGCGAGAAGGAGCUGGACGUGAGCGACGACGAGAAGAAGGUCCUGGAGCAGACCAUCGGGGACCUCGAGAAGACGAUCAGCGACGCCAAGGAGACGAUCGAGACCUUGAGCGACGAGAUCGCGGCCUUGUUGAAGGGCCCGCUGGGGGAUGGGAGGAGCUCUGAAAGAGAUGACAGGAGCAGGUAG